AUGUCCGAGCUCGUCUUCGUCACCGGUGGCUCAGGUCACAUCGGUAGCCGAGUUAUCAUCGACGCUCUUCAAGCCGGGUACUCUAUCUGCGCCGCCGUUCGCAGUCACGCAAAAAAAGACCGCAUCCUCUCGAUCCCUGCCAUUAAGAAGCUCAACCCUGGAAAGAAGCUCGAAUUUGCUAUUGUCCCAGAUCUUCUGGUCGAAGGUGCAUACGACGAGGCCAUCAAGGGAGCUACCCUUGUGAUCCAUGUGGCGUCUCCGAUCCCAGAUACUCACAAGGAGGGCGAGUCGUACCAGACCACUCUGAUUGAUCCGGCGGUCAAAGGUACACUCAACAUCCUAGAGGCAGCUAAGAAGGCCGGUACGAUCAAGCGCGUCGUCAUCACCUCCUCCGUCGUCGCCAUCAUAUCCUACAAGGACUUUACUUCUGGCAAAACCGAGGGCAUGCCUUACAAUGAAAAGUCCCGAACGCCGCUCCUGCAGGAGCCUUAUGACAAUACGUUCGAAGCGUACUGUGCCAGCAAGAUCGCUGCACUCAACGAGAGUGAGAAGUGGCUGGAGCAAGAGAAGGCUUCCAUCUCUUUCGACAUCGUCAACAUCUUCCCUGGCUUCGUCAUCGGCAGAGACGAACUAGUGACCGACGCACAGGACGCCCUGCGAGGCACAAACAGAAUGGUCCUUGGGCCAGUGACCGGUGCAGAGUUGAGCUACACCCCUGGCGCCUCCGUCCAUGUUCGCGAUGUCUCCCUGGCCCACGUCAAGAGCCUGAACCUCAAGGUCGGAGGCAAUCAAGGCUACCUUCUCUUCUCUGGAGGGCUCAAGGGUACUCGUUGGGAGGAGUCUCUUGAUUUUGUGGCGCGCUAUUUCCCGGAGGCAGUUAAGGCUGGGACUCUCAAGAACAACGGCACGAUCCUGUCUGUGCCGCAGAAGAUUGACGCCUCUGCUUCGGAGAAGGCUCUUGGUCUCAAGUACCUAAGUCAUGAAGAGCAGGUCACGGACGUGGUCGGCCACUACCUUGAGCUUCUUGCAGUCAUGGCGAAUUCCAACUUCAUCUCGACUAACACACCCAGUGCAAUCGUCGUCGGCGCCGGCGGUGCAGGUCUACGCGCAGCCGUAGGCCUGACAGAAGCGGGUCUCAAAACAGCCUGCGUAUCCAAACUUUUUCCUACGCGCUCCCACACCGUCGCAGCCCAAGGUGGCAUCAACGCUGCCCUCGGUAACAUGACUGAAGACGAUUGGCGCUGGCACAUGUACGACACCGUCAAAGGCUCCGACUGGCUUGGGGACCAGGAUGCCAUACACUACAUGACCCGGGAAGCUGUUCCCGCCGUUGUCGAGCUCGAAAAUUACGGCAUGCCAUUCUCCCGCACGAGCGAUGGCACGAUAUACCAAAGGGCCUUGGGCGGACAGUCGUUGAAGUAUGGAAAGGGAGGACAGGCUUAUCGUACAGCGUGUGCCGCGGAUCGAACGGGACAUGCCAUGCUGCAUACGCUAUAUGGGCAGAGCUUGAAAGAGGGAGUGCAAUUCUUCAUAGAAUGGUUCGCCCUGGAUUUGAUGAUGAGUGAGGGCAAGUGCGUAGGGGUCACGGCGAUGAACAUGGAGGACGGAACGUGUCAUAGGAUGUUCGCGAAGAAUACGAUUUUGGCGACUGGUGGUGAGUACUUGAAACGUUGGGUACUGAUCACCGAGGGCGCACGUGGUGAAGGCGGCUACUUGAUCAAUGGCGAAGGCGAAAGAUUCAUGGAGCGAUAUGCACCAACGGCAAAAGACCUCGCAUCACGAGACGUCGUAAGUAGAUCAAUGAAUCUUGAGAUCAUCGAGGGACGAGGUUGCGGACCGAACAAGGACCACAUCCAUCUGCAGCUGUCGCAUCUACCCAAGGAGAUCAUCAUGGAACGUCUACCGGGUAUCUCCGAAACAGCAGGCAUUUUUGCGGGCAUCGACAUCACGAAGGAGCCAAUUCCGGUCUUACCAACAGUCCACUACUGCAUGGGUGGAAUUCCGACAAACUACCACGGACAAGUUCUAGAUGUAAGAGACGGAAAAGAUCACGUAGUAGACGGCCUGUAUGCAGCAGGCGAGGCAGCCUGCGUAAGUGUGCAUGGCGCAAACAGACUAGGCGCCAACUCUCUGCUUGACAUUGUAGUAUUUGGUCGAGCAUCCGCCCACCACAUCUCCUCCAACCACGCCCCCUCGGCCGCACACCACAGCGCGCCCGAAAACAUCGGCCUCGACUCCAUCUCCGAAAUCGACUCCUUCCUCAACUCUUCAGGAAACACACCUACUUCCUCCCUCCGCGACUCCAUGCAACGCACCAUGCAGAAAACCACCGCCGUCUUCCGCACGCAGGACUCCCUUUCAGAAGGCCAUCAGCAGCUCCGCGACAUUGAAAAUGAUUUCAGUACAGAUCUGCGCGUCACCGACCGCUCGCUCAUCUGGAAUUCGGAUCUCAUCGAGACCCUGGAGUUGCGCAAUCUAUUGACAAAUGCGGUUCAGACGAGUAAAGCCGCUCUCACGCGGACGGAGAGUAGAGGCGCACAUGCGCGCGAUGAUUAUAAAGAAAGGGACGACAAGGAGUGGAUGAAGCAUAGUCUGACGUGGCAGAAGAACGUCGGGGACAAGGUGGAUUGGGGCACGAGAGGCGUGGUGAUGGGCACGUUGGAUGAGGCCGAGUGUCAGAAUGUGCCGCCAAUGAAGCGGUCGUAUUAG